AACAACAUUCAGGAAGCAAACUACACCACCCUUAUUCUCAGCCUCACGGUCACGCUGUGACAACGGAACAAAAACACAUUAAUCAAGUCAAACGACAUGCUGAUCAUAGUGGACAUGGUGGCGUGCCCUCUGCACAGUCCCCCACUUCUUGUUUCGCUUUUGAUAAGCUCGUGUCACCGAAGCCUGGCUCUGAUUGGGCAAGAGAUGAAAAAGGAAGUAACAAGCGUCGAGUUAUUUUCCUGCGUAUAAAACGAUAGAAAAAGCGAGGUGCGGGACACGAAGGGGAACUUUUUUUUUUUUUAAACUUGUUCAGGUGAAAGAAAUGCCCUCCUUUGGUUAACUUAUGGCGAGUGGAAGGUAGAGAUAGAUAAGUUUGACUUUUGCGAUGGAUUAAUAUGAGAAGUCACAUUUUCUUCCUGCUCGGCUCGAUUCCAGGGAAAAAAAAAAGUUUGGACUUGAGCUUAAUGAGCCGCGAGCGUGCAGAAAUGGACCAUGCACGAGCUCUAGAAACACAGGAAAGCAAGGCUGACAAGAGGCUGACUGGCAGCACUGCUUCUCCCACCGAGAUUAAAAAGAGGCCAAUCAGAAGAGUGAGAAGUCCAUCUGCACCGAGAGCAUGGCUAUCCAGGUCUUACAAACCAAAGCUUGGAGGGAAUGUCUACAAGCCUCGUAUUCCAGGAGACCACCAUUCAUUUCACAAAGCUGGUUUCAGCGGUCAACACCACCACUACCUGAAGCAGCGGAAUUACGUCCAUCACAAGGAUUACCCUCCACCUAAACCUUGGCUGCUCGCACUGAAGGAAAAGGAAAAGGAGAAGCAGAGGGAGAAAGAAAGGCCGAAGGAGAAAGAGAGAGAAAAGCAGCAUCACGAGCAGAGGGAGUGCAUUGAGAGAAGUUCACCUUCAAAACAAAACACUUCUAGGCCUGUCUUACCAAGGUCCACUUCCAGCAGAGACAAGGACAUGCAGAUCACUGUUUUUCAAAACGAGCGAAACCAAAGCAGAGAGGGAGAUCACAGAGAGCGAAGCAGAGAUGGGGAGCUCCCUUUAACUGCGAGCCAGACGGCGGCACGAGACAGAGCCAUCCAACAGAAGAGGAGAGAGAUAGAUGAGGUUUACUCCCAGGAGUGUGAAAUGUUCGGCCUUGUAGCAAAGAUGCUAAUUGCAAAGGAUCCAUCCCUGGAGCGUCCCAUCCAGUCGUCGCUGCAGGAGAACCUCCGGGACAUUGGCAAACGCUGUGUGGAUGCCAUGGAGAAAUUUAUUGAGGACUAUGACUCCAGGGAACUUUUGCACUAAUCACCCAGAUUUAUGUAUCCUUUAGCGACAGAGAUUCUCAGUGAGACUUUUUUUUUUGACAUUUUGUCUGACGGGGUACAUCUUUUUUUGAUUUUGAUAUAUAUUUUUUUAUGAGUAAUGUUCUGACAGGUUAUUAAAUGCUGCCUGACAUGUUUUAAGUUGUUUCCAGUCUAAUUCUAUUGGGAAGAUUAAGAUUUACUGCUGACCAUUUUAAUGUGAUUGUAAAAUAAAUACACUGGUCAUUUCGCUUGAAAUGCAUUAAAACUGGAGAACUGUGUC